AUGCUGCCAUGUGCCAGCGCUAAUGUGUCGCCGGAAUGGAAUGCUGACUCUCGCAGUAGACGUGGAUCAGCCCAUUCUUUGCAAGAUGUUGAUCCCGAGCAGAAUGAGCGGCUGCUGAAGAGCAAUGUUGACAUCAACAUGGAGAACAAUGACUUUGUUCGCCGUCCUUUACUAAGCCGCAACCAUAAGCAACAAAGAGCCUGCCCAUGGUGGCCUGCAUUUCGGAAGUUUAUAUUGACUGCCUGGCUGCUCUGGCUACUUUACACUCUGGGGAGAGUGGUGAUUGACACCCUCACUGAGGAUCCCGAGGACGACAAAUCCCCGCCGACUUCCGAUGCAUCCUCACUCUGCCAGUCACCGGAAUGCGUGCAUGCAGCAUCAGAGAUCCUUUACAACUUGGAUCCCAACUACGCCAAGGUAGAUCCCUGCACCAACUUCGAUCAAUAUGUCUGUGGCGGAUGGAGGGAGCGCCAUGAUAUGCGUUCCGACCAGGGAUCCAUUUUUGCCGGCACCAUCAUGGCAGAGAAUGCCCAGACUCGGCUUCGUCACAUACUCGAGCGCUCAGAGGCCCCGAACCCCUCGGACGCCGACAACUUCCAGAAACUCAAAGCUGCGUAUGAUGCUUGCUUGGAUGAACCCACCAUCAAGAAACGUGGCAGUGAACCGUUGGCGAAAGUUCUGACUGAGCUGCAGAAGAUAUAUCCCGCAAAGACAGAGUCCCAGGGAGUCAAAGACCACAUCACGGACGCUCUCUUGUAUCUGAUGAAAUCAGGGGUCAAUGUCCUAGUGUCAUCUGGUGUUUCUUCGGAUGACCGUGACCCUGAUAAUGUCGUGAUAUUUGUGACGCCACCACGAGCGAUUGGGCUUCCCGCAAGGGAGUACUAUAACAACACCAAGACCGUGGCCCAAUACACCGCCGUGCUCAAGCAGGUCCUUCCAGCGUUUAUUGGUGGCGAAUCUGAAAAGCUCGUGGAGAAUGUUGUGGACUUUGAAACCAAGCUCGCGAACGCGACUCCCGAUACGCAAACCCAGGAAGACGUCACCAAGUACUACAACCCGCACAACAUCAAGGAAACCGAGUCCCUGGUACCGGAGAUAUCUUUCAAGGACAUUAUUGAAGGCCUAGCACCGAACGACUACAAAGGAGACCGUUUGAUUGUCGGCUCCCCGUCCUAUAUGGAAUCCUUGUCCACCAUCUUGAAAGACACCCCCAGAGAGACGGUUCAAACCUUCUUCUCGUGGAAGCUCAUUCAAGGUUAUUCGAGUAUCAUCGAAGAUGAUAAAAUCACGCCCCUUCGUCGAUUCAGAAAUGAAUUAGCAGGCAAAGACCCAGAUGCCACGGAAGAGCGAUGGCGCAAAUGUAUUAGGGUUCUCGACUCAGGCCUCGGCUGGAGCCUGAGUCGGUUUUAUGUCCUGGACUCAUUCUCUCAGGCAUCCAAGGAACUUGGUGACAAAAUCGUCUCUGAUAUCAAGGAAAGAUUUGUUUUCACUUUGGACCAAACCGACUGGAUGUCUCCCAAAGUUCGAAAACUGGGUAUCCAAAAAGUGGAGAAUAUCAUUCAGAAAAUCGGCUAUCCCUCGAAGAGCCCCAAUGUCAUGGAUGCCGAGGACGUGAAGAAGUACUAUCAGGAUCUGAAAUUGACCAGCAAAGCCUUCUUCGAGAACGAAGUCGCCGUGGUCAAGUUUGAGCUUCACAACGAAUGGUCUAAACUUGGGAAGCCCACGAAUCGGGACGAGUGGGGGAUGACAGCUCCAACUGUCAACGCCUACUACAACCCUCCCGGCAACGAGAUUGUUUUCCCUGCUGGUAUUAUGCAACCACCAGCAUUCUACGGGCCCGCCGCCCCGUUGUAUCUGGCCUAUGGCGCCUUUGGUGCUGUUAGCGGCCACGAAUUGUCUCACGCAUUUGACUCUACCGGUCGACACUAUGACGAGACAGGAAAUUACACCAACUGGUGGGACGAUAAGACUGUGAACGCGUUCGAGGAGCGAGCUCAAUGCUUCGUCGACCAGUAUUCCAACUUCACUGUGACAGGGCCAGAGAACAAAACUCUUCACGUCAACGGGCGGUUGACGCUGGGCGAGAACAUUGCUGAUGCUGGAGGAUUGACAGCGUCCUUCCAUGCAUGGAAAAAGCGCGACGAGUCUUCUCCUGACCUUCAUCUUCCGGGUCUCGAGUUCUUCAGCAAGGAGCAGCUGUUCUUUAUCGCCUAUGGGAACUGGUGGUGUGGCAAGAACACCAAGGGAACCGCCGAGCAAGCCAUUUAUAAUGAUCCUCAUGCACCCAAAUCGGCACGGAUUAUUGAAACCAUGGCGAACUCUCGUGAGUUCAAGGAAGCUUUCCAGUGUCCGGAGAAGAAACCGGUUUGCAAGCUCUGGUAG